AUGGCCGCCCUCCAGCGGCUCGAGGGCGAGCUCCCGCCGCCGCAGGACCUCAGCCACCACUUCUCCAAAAUCACCAAGAGACGGACACCCAGCUCCAUCAAGGAGUUUUAUAGGUUCUUCGCCAUCCCAAACAUCGGAAACCUCGGUGGAGGGCUGCCGAAUGACGAGCUCUUCCCCUUUGACACGCUCGAGGCGCAGACAGCCAACCCGGACCGCUACCAGUGCACGCCGAACCACCCCGUGUCCGCGCGACAGGACCACCGUCCGAUGCCGACUCACCCGUCUCGCACCGCCGGCAAGAAAGCGCCGCCGCCGGAGAGCGACAUCAACGCGACCUCGUGGCGCAUCAAGGUGCCCAAGUCGACGCCGCAGGCCGACCCCGUCAAGCGCGUCGACCUGUCCACCGCGCUGCAGUACGGCACCGCCGGCGGCUACCCGCCGCUGCUCUCGCUGCUGCGCCAGUUUUCGUGCGAGCUGCUGCACCCGAGCGUGCCCUACCGCGGCGGGCCCGAGGUCAUCAUCACCUGCGGCUCGACCGACGGGUUCUCCAAGACGGUGCAGCUGGUCAGCGACGCCUGGGACCCGGACCACGAGCCCGUUGAGGCCCGCCCCGGCAUGCUCUGCGAGCGCUACGUCUACAAUAACGCUCUUGCCUGCGUCGAGCCCCGGGGUGUCCAGGUCGUGCCGAUCGACACUGACGCGGACGGCAUGCUGGCGGCGGGGCCCGGCGGUUUGGAGGAGGUCCUGGCGAAUUGGGAUCCGCGACGGGGGAGGCGCCCCCAUUUCAUGUACUCGGUGACCAUGGGCCACAACCCGACGGGUACGGUCAUCCCGGUGAGUCGGCGACGGGAGAUUUACGCCAUCUGCCAGCGCUUUGAUGUUAUUAUCGUCGAGGACGACCCGUACUGGUAUCUGCAGUUCGCGUCCGCCCCGGAGCGCGAGGCCGAGUCCAGGGGCCAUGCGGCCAAGCCGGCCGUGCCGUACACGCCGGCAAAGUCGACGGGGUACGACUUUCUCGAUUCCCUGGUCCCUUCGUACCUGAGCAUGGACGUGGACGGUCGGGUCAUCAGGCUCGACACGUUUUCCAAGACGGUGGCGCCCGGCUGCCGGUUGGGCUGGAUCACCACGCAGCCUGCCUUUAUCGAGCGUCUGGAAAGGAUCACCGAGACGACCACCCAGCAACCGUCCGGCUUCGUGCAGGCCAUGGUCGUCGAGAUGCUGAUGGGCCCGACCCAGAAGCACAAGAUCCAGUCGUUCCAGCAGCUGAGCGCCGCGGACAAGGCGUGCUACCGCGGCUGGGAGCUGGACGGCUGGGUGCGGUGGCUCGAGGGCCUGCGCGGUGUCUACGAGCGGCGCAUGCUGCGCAUGUGCUCGCUGCUCGACGAGAGCCUGUUCCAGCUGAAGCAGUCGACGCCCGUCAGCGCGCUCGAGUCGGACUGGGGCGUCAUCACCAAGACGCGCAUCACGUCCUACGACUGGCCCCGCGGCGGCAUGUUCGUCUGGGUGCGCGUGCACCUCGAGAACCACCCGCUGUGGCAAGCUUCAGGGAUCUCCGUCCCGGUGCUGGACGGCCCGGCGCUCGCGCAGGCGCUGAUGAUCUUCCUGACGCACAAGCCGCAGCUCGUCAUCGCGGCGCCGGGGACCAUGUUCGCGGCGACGCCAAAGGUCGCGGAGGAGACGGCGUGGGCGUACCUAAGGCUGUGCUUCGGUACGGAGACGGAGGACAACAUCGAGCCCUGCUCGCGGAGGUUCGCGGCGGGGUUGCAGCGGUUCUGGCGGAUCAAGAGCGUGCGCGAGAUGGAGCGGCUGGUGGCGGAGCUGAGGUCGUCGUCGGCGAGCGAGUCGGAGUUUGAAGACCUGGCGAAUCUGGGCUUUGAUGGGGAUGAUGAGUGA